CCGAAUCAGCGUGUCAGCGGGGCAUUGGUAGCGUACGACUCAUGUUAUAAUAUUGCUAUUGUUAGUGUUGGGUAUCUGCGUUCUAUUUGCCCAGAAGAUAUUCUUCUUGCCGACACCUCACAAGACCAAAGCAGGGACAGGCAGUUGAGAAAAAUGUUCCGUGAAGAGCCUGAACCUAAAAAUGUUGUAGCUAUACGUCGUGAGCCUGAAGAGGGAUUAUUAUGCGGCUCAAUGGGGGUAGUGAGUGGAGAUCCUAUGACACGCGGCUGCAAAGACCUCAGGCUGUCCACUUGUGAAAUCAAGAAGGCUGGGAUAGGAGGCCCCCUUGUUAAUUUUGCGGAUGGAAGUUUUGUCGGCAUGAACUUCUAUGAUGGAAGAACUGCCCGUACUCCUUUCCUGCCAAGGAGGUAUAUUUUGAAAGUUUUACAGAAGUUGGAGCUCCCUCCAUCAGGAAGUGACAGAGACCAAGGUGUCCAGAGAUUGGAUUCCUCGGAUGAUGGGACGAACUACGACGACAGAUGGCAUGUGCCCAAGGCAAGAUAUGUUUACUUCGAAGUGGAUAUGGCCCGAUUCUGUAUUCAAGUUAAGAGGAACGCAAUGUCCUCGUCAAGUCGUCAUUGUGGCUUCAGUUGGAGUGCUCCCUCUGCUCAGCUAGCAGUCAUUCAUUUGGACAAGCCUCGGUACUUAGAGCAUCUCAAACAGACGCCAUCAAAUGUACGCUACAUCCGUUGUUCGGGUGGCCGGCAUCCAACUGUACCCCUCAAACCUGGAGCCAUUGACGUGCGCCUCUUUGGCAUCGUCAUUGCGAUGCUCCGAAGCCUCGUCGUCCUCGACCUCCGGCUUCUCGAAGAGCUGCUAACGCUUGAGGUGGAGCAUGCGGGCCCUUUGUAG